AUGUCCCUGGUGCAAUAUUCCGACUCCGAGUCAGAUGCCGACCAACCCGCAUCACCUCCCGCCAAGAAACCCCGCCAUGAAGCUCCCUCAAGAACUCCCGCACUGCCCCCAUUACCAGCAGCCUUCCACGACCUCUACGCCUCGAGCACGCGCGUCAGUGUAAAAGAUGACCCAAGCCUUCAUGGCGGCCGCAAACGCGUCAUACCCCAUGUGGAAGGCAACUGGCCGACACAUGUCUAUGUGGAAUGUCUAAUGGAUGAGGCGACAGGGUACCCGGCCAAGGAUGAGCUCGCGCUCCUUGCAGACUUGAUAGAUCGUGCACAGCGACUCCCAACCCUGUCCGAUGACAGCGAUACUGCUACCGCCAGUACCCCGCGCCUGCACAGUCUUUUGCACAGUGACCUGGGUGCCCAGCUCCCGCUGCACAUCAGCUUAUCAGCCCCCGUGGUACUACGUACCGAGCAGCGUGCCUCGUUCACCGACGCCCUGACCAGGAGUAUACGGGAGUCUCACAUUCCACCUUUCACCGUCACCCCGGACACUCUCAAAUGGGUAUCCAACCACGAGCGCACACGCUGGUUCCUAGUCCUUCACGUUACGCGCCCAGAUUCUAAUGGUCUGAAUCGCUUACUUGCGUUAUCGAAUCGCGCCCUGGCGGCCUUUGAUCAACCAUCGUUGUAUGCGUCCUCGCGUGAUACCUGCCGGAACCGUGCGCUGGUUGAACAGGACCGAGGACAGGUCUUGAGUGGGUCUGUUGGGGACUGCUCGGAUUGCUUUCAUGUUUCGUUGGCGUGGAGCUUGGUCGAGCCUAGUAAAGAGGAGGAGGAGCGUGUGGAGGGGUUGGAGUUGGGAGGUGUGCGGAGGAUGAAGGUUAGAUUUGAGAGUGUAAAGGUUAAGAUUGGGAAUCAUGUUGAGAGUGUCGUGCUUCCGGUUGAGAUUUGA